CGGUGACGUAGCGCGCAGCCGCCGGGAGAAGUUUGAAAAUAAACGUGAAACUUUUUAUUUCUCUAACGGUGAAUGUCAGCGUCGUUUGAUUGAUCCCAACGAGCAGAGUUUGAACAGAACGGCGUCCUGAAGUGACGGCUCGUCGCAGAGGGAGCUUCUUUAUCCCGAAAUGUCUUCCCCAGAAGAAGAACCUUCAGGCGUCCCGUCGUCUGCCGCCCCCGUGCCGUCCGCCGCCGUGUCGUCCGCCCCGGCUGCUGCUGCGGACAUUCAUCCUAAAGAGGAGCUCAGGAAGCUGCUGGACGAAUGGGAGGAAGUAGAGACCGGCACCACGGAGCAGCUGGUGUCCGUCCUGACUAAAGUUUCUGAGCUGAUCGAACGCAACACAGAAAUGUACUUCAAAGAAGACCCCGAUCCGUUUGACGAUCGCCAUCCAGUUCGAGCUAACCCCGGCUGCGUGCUCGGACAGCUCCUGAAGACGAUCUUUCAGAACGAUGAAUUCGCCAACGCGCUGUUGGACACGUACAUCAUGACCAGCAGAGAGCUGAGUCUGAACACGGCCGCCUGUCGUCUGCUCCAGAACAUCAUGCCGGGCGUGGAGACCUCGGUCGUCUUCCAGGAGAAGGAAGGUCUGGUGGAGACGUUGUUCACCUGGGCUCGUGAAGCAGAGCGACCGCUGUGCGUCUACAGCACGGGCCUCCUCGCCAGAGCCAUGAGCGACCAGGAAGUGGCGGUCGGCUACCGAGAACAAAACGCUCAGCUG